AAUAUUUCGUGCUAUUAAAGUGACUUUAAUUUACACUGCAGCAAAUUCUCUCAAGAAAAAAUGAAGUUUUUAGUUAUUUUUGCUCUGUUCAUUGCAUUCUCAAAUGCUAGUGUUGUGUUCCAGAAUGAAUGGGAAGAAUGGAAAACACUUUAUGGCAAAGUGUAUCGGGCUGAAGAGGAAUUGAAACGUCAAUACAUUUGGUUAGAGAACCUUAAAUAUGUAACCCAACAUAACCUUGAAGCUGAUGAGGGCAAACACACAUACAAAGUCGACACCAAUCAAUUUGCUGACUUGAGCAAUGACGAAUGGCGUGAGCUAAUGACAAGUCAGGUGACCAGGCCGACCAAUCAGAUGAGCUUCUGCAACAUGACGUUCAUGACAGUCGGGGAUCACGUGAUUGCUCCUAAAAAUGUUGAUUGGAGGAAAGAGGGGUACGUCACCCCUGUGAAAGAUCAAAAGCAAUGCGGAAGCUGUUGGGCCUUCUCUACUACUGGUUCAUUGGAAGGACAGCAUUUCAAGAAGACUGGUAAACUGGUUUCACUCAGCGAGCAAAAUCUUGUGGACUGCAGCAUGAAAGAAGGCAACCAUGGAUGCCAGGGUGGUCUGAUGGACCUUGGGUUUGAAUAUAUCUUCGAUAAUGGUGGAAUUGAUACUGAGUCUUCAUACCCAUAUAUGGCCAAGAAUGAACCACAAUGCAUGUACAAGCGUAGUAACAGUGGUGCAACACUGACUGGAUGUGUUGACAUUAAGAGGGGUAGUGAGUCUGCUCUUAUGAAAGCUGUUGCUGAUGUUGGACCAAUCUCUGUAGCAAUCGAUGCAGGACAUAAAUCCUUUCAGAUGUACAAGUCAGGUGUAUACUAUGAGCCAUCAUGCAGCUCUGUUAAGUUGGACCAUGGUGUGUUGGCUGUUGGGUUCGGAGCUGACAAUGGUGAAGAUUUCUGGCUGGUUAAGAACAGCUGGGGUCCAAUCUGGGGUAUGGAAGGUUACAUUAUGAUGUCUCGUAACCGUGACAACAACUGCGGUAUUGCCACUCAAGCCAGUUACCCUCUUGUUUAAGGAUUGGUCCUACAUUCCUACAAACCCAUUUCCUCAUGAAAUAAAUUUCAAAUGUCUCCCUAAUUUAACUCGAAUUUGUAAAUAGUAAUUUCCCUAUCAUGUGUGUCACUUUCUUUUUCUGUUAUGUCAUUUAUUAAUGAUGUUUUAGACAUUGUUAAACCAUGCAGUGUUAAAGUGUAUAUAUAUACAUUUUAAUUUUAUUUCAAAGAUCUAAACAUGUUUCUUUUUUUUCAAGAUUUAUUUUUAGGUUUUAUUUUUAUUUUUUGUCUCUUGGUCACUGCUCUAUGCAGACGUGCAAUAUUCGCUCUCUACGUCACAAUGACGUCAUCGUGACGUAGAAAGCGAACUCCAGAUUUUAAGUAAUGCUCAGCGGAGACUGAUUAAUAAAUUCAUAAAGAUAAAAUUUUAAA